UGAUAUACAUAAAAAUAUUUUUAAAGAGAAACCUGUUAAUUUACUAAAAAUGUCGAAAAUAAGAAAUAAUAAUAUUUAAAAAAAAUUUUGUGUAAUAUGGAAAAUUCCAUAGAAGAUGAUUUUCAACUUGUAACUUCAAAAAAAUAUAAGAGAAACAGUCGAGUUUUUAAAUCGGUACCAGCAGAAGUUGGAUUCGAAUCAGAUGAACUUAUUGAUAAAGAAUUUGCUGUCAGACGAAUAUUAACAGCAAAAAACGAUAUAUUAGAAUCAGAUUUUUAUUGUUCACUAAAAGCAACAAUACGUGAGGGACUGGAUAUUUUAGGUAAUCCAGAAUUAAAGGAAAUUAUUUCAUAUGGUUUAGGACAUUUUAGUAAUUGCAUGAUAUCACGUUAUCAAUUUGCGUUGUUAUUAUGUCUCAAAGAUCAAUUUAAUAUCGUUACCUAUCUUUACGAUCCAUUAUUUUAUUCGAUUGAAAAACAAAUUUUAGAAGAAUUCGAUUGUACGUUAAUUAAACAAAACGAAGAAGGUAAACGUAAAGUUUUAUCGGAUGUUCCAACUUUGUUAUUCUUUCCACAUUGUCCAAAACAAUUAACAAAUAAUUUUUUGUACACAAAUUGGAGUCCGAAAAAUUUACGAAAUUGUUUAAUUAUUGGUAAUAGUUUUAAUAAAAUUGUGGAAACAACUCCAACGCGAAUUUUAUCGAACGAAGCACAAUAUAUAUUAAAUAUUGCACCGUAUGUUGAUGAAUUAUAUAUGAUAAAUACUUUUAAAUACACGGAAAUUUUUAACGAUACAUCAUUACAUAUUUUCCAAGAGGAUAAAUUACGAUUAAUUGAUCCAGAUUUUUGGACGAAUAUUGAAGAACCAACAUACCCCGAAGAAGAUUGUGAAUUUAUAACAAAUCAAUAA